UGCAUAUUGAAUCUUGCAUGAACGUGGCUAUUUUGAAUAUUUUGUGUCUCAGAGAUGCCGCCUGUUGAAGAACCGCAGGCUGAUAAACCGAUCCAACCAAAAAUUGGCAUAAUAUAUCCCCCACCUGAAGUAAGAAACAUUGUAGACAAGACAGCCAGCUUUGUUGCGCGUAAUGGCCCAGAUUUCGAGUCUCGUAUUCGUCAAAAUGAAAUAAGUAAUCCUAAGUUUAAUUUCCUGAAUCCGGCUGAUCCUUACCAUGCUUACUAUCAACAUAAAGUCCGAGAGUUCGCUGAAGGAAGGACUCCAGAACCUUCUGCUAUCAAGCUCACGAUUCCUAGUGCUGCUCGUCUUACGCAGGAUACUCCCAAGUCUAUUCAAGAAACAUUCACACCAAAAGAUCCGCCUGCUGAAUUUGAAUUUAUUUACGAUCCGCCAUCUAUUAAUGCAAUCGAUAUUGAUAUAAUAAAGCUUACGUCUCAGUUUGUUGCGAGAAACGGUCGUCAGUUUCUAACUCAGUUAAUGAACAGAGAACAAAGAAACUAUCAGUUUGAUUUUCUGCGUGCACAGCACAGCAUGUUUGGUUACUUCACAAAGCUUGUUGAACAGUAUACUAAAAUUUUAAUACCACCGAAAGAUAUUGUUACGAAAUUGGAGGAAGAAUUGGAGAAGCCAAGACAACUUCUUGAUGAUGUAAAAUACAGAGUUGAAUGGCAUAAGUACCAAGAACGUCAACGUAAGCGCGAAGAGGAAGCUGCAGAGCGUGAACGCGUUGCGUAUGCUUUGAUUGAUUGGCAUGACUUCGUAGUCGUAGAAACAGUUGACUUCCAGCCGAACGAAACAGGUAAUUUCCCCUUACCGACUACCGCUGAUGAAGUUGGGGCGCGUUUACUAGCAGAAGAGCGUGGCCUUCAACCACCACCUAAAUCAUCAGCGCCUCCUCCACCUGGUUCACUCGGAUUAAUGCCCACUGAUUUAGACGAAGAUGAUGAUGAUCAAGAUUUCGAUGAAUCAGAUGAUGAGAAUGAGGAUCGUCUAGUUGACGACAGUGAUCGUAAUCCUCCACCUUAUUACACUGAAUCAGGAAAUCAAGCGACAAAAGAUGUUCCUACUUCUCCAGCGGCCAACACAACUGAUUUCGCUGAAGAGGACGAUAUGGAGUUAUCUGAUGAUGAGGACGAGACUACAGAACCACCCACACAGGAUUCCGACCAGCAAAUAAAAACAGCCACAAAACAAGUACCGCUAUCUUCAGAUCAAGUCAUUAUUCGUCACGAUUAUGAUCCGAAAGCUUCAAGUAUUAAGAGAACAGAAGAUUCUGUGUUGUUGGUAUCUCCAUUCACUGGAGAAAAGAUUCCUGCCAACCAGGCUCCUAAACAUAUUAGAGUUGGACUGCUUGAUCCUAAGUGGGUUGAGCAGCGUGAUCGAGAGAUUCGGGAGAAACGUGAGCAAGAGCAAGUUUAUGCUGCUGGAAAUUUGAUCGACAGUAGCUUGAAGCAAUUGGCUGAGCGUCGUACGGAUAUUUUUGGUGUAGGGGUUGACGAGAUUCAGAUUGGAAAGAAACUAGGCGAGCAAGAAGCAGUAAAAUCGGAUAAACUGAUUUGGGAUGGAUACGCUGCAACCACAGAUGUUGUUGCUAAAAGGAACUUAGAAGCAAUCACUACAAAAGACAAGAUAGAAUUGUUAGAAUUUCAGCAAAAGUUGGAAGCUGCUCGUGACAAGAUUGGUCCACAAAGUGGUGUGCCUCCUGUUCCAGGUAUUGCCCCUCCAGGAAUGCCGAAACCAUCAAUACUGCUGCCACCACCACCACCGCCGCCGCCACCACAUAGUGGAAUUGCACCACCACCACCCCCUCCACCGCUUGUAAUGCUUUCCAACGCACCACCACCACCACCGUUGCCUCCCGGACUAUUUCCACCCGGUCUGCCACCACCUCCUCCUCCACCGGGCAUAGCUGUUCCGAGUUUUAUGCCUCCGCCCCCAGGUGUUCCCCCGCCACCAAUCCCUUCCACAACAGCAGUCACUGAUGGAGAACCAGAGGCCAAAAGACCAAGAGAAUAAAUAAGUAAUCGUUGCUGAAAAACUAUACUUUGUUCUGUACUUUACCAACUGGUCACUUCAAAUAUAUUUUCACAACUUUUGAUAAAUGUAAUUGCAUGUCUUGUUUUUCCUUUGCUCAUAGACUUUUCACUGCCGGUUUACUUUGUUCCUCCGGCGUUACUGGCCGUAGAAAAUGUAGGAAUAUUUCUGUGGUUGGGGCCUGGUUUCAUUGUAACCAAAUAUCACUCUCUAUUUCUGAAUUUAAUUUAUUUUAUUUUUUCAACAGUGCGGCUCUCAAGAUUUUGUCUUACGGUAUUCGAUGAGUUCCUGUUCUUCGCCUUCAGAGUUUUAUACCUGAGUUCAUACACCACUUUGGGAAAUGAUCAGACAUUUUUAUCAUGUAUUCCACAUUUUAAGUUGUAUAAUUCCUCUUC